AUGGAACAGCUGAAGCAAAUUGUUCAUCAACGGGGUCAAGUGAAAGCAAGAGUUUCUGCCAUUGUGAAGAAGCUGGAUCAAGCUAUCGAGGAUACCGAUACCACGAGCCUUGCACAGCUCAAAGCCUUGGAAAGGAAACUUGAAAUCCACUAUGCUGAAUAUACGAAGAAGCACGAUGAGGUUAUGUCGAUCUGUUCACCUGGAAAGAUGGAGGAACAAGACACCAAGAUGGAGGAAUUCGAUGCUUUGCAUACAGAUGCUUUGGUAAAGUUGAAUCAGCUAAUAGAUUUUUUCCGAGAUGAUCCAGAGAGGAAGGAUGUUCAACGGAUAAUAGUUCAACAACAGCCACUAAAAGCACCAAUCCCGACAUUCAGUGGGAAGUAUGAGGAGUGGCCAAAAUUCAAGGCAUUAUUCAACGACCUUAUCGGAAGAUGUGGUGAUUCCGAUGCAACAAAACUCCAUUAUUUGGACAAAGCUCUCGUGGGAGAAGCUUCCGGUAUAUUGGAUGCCCAAGUUAUUAACGACAAUAACUAUGAGCGAGCGUGGGUAUUGCUAGAGGAGCGAUUCGAAAAUCCACGAGUCAUUAUCGAUACACAUAUUACCGACAUGUGGAAGGAUUGCGGUAUAUGGAUCAUCCCGUUGAAGGAACAGCUAACUUAA